UUAACCGGUGGCUCCCUCGUUUUCCACCCACCUUGUCGGUACCCCAUCUAGGCUCAACACCGCCUAUUUUCUCAAACACUUCGACCACGACUUAGCUGGGAUGAUUUAAAUAGCGCUUCACCAAACAACCACUGUCGGUCUCAUCGUCCUACGUCACAAUUAUCCGACUUGCUAGCAUCAAACCCCGACAGAUCCGACCAGAAAAUGUCCGCCCAGCGGGAUCCCCCCAAAGAGGACAAGCCAGAGGGGUUGUCCAAAUAUGUCAAGCGCAUGAAGAUGGUGUUGAGGAGAACCUCGAUGGCCAGGGCCCCCUCUACACCAGUCAUGCACCAAUCUAGAGAACCCGAGUCCAGCAGCCCCCUUGCUCCCGAAGCUACCCCGCAGAUUGCCAUCAGCAAAGCUACGCCCGACGCGACCGUUUUCACCAACUGGAGCGCCUUUCAGGAAGAGAAGGCGCGGGCUUUAUUCGCCAAAUACGGAUUGAAACUUGAACCUGGAGAAUGGAGAUCGCCCAACGGCACCACCGUGCAGCGUGUCGUCAGACCGAUUCGUAUGCGAGUGCGCCGGACCUGCCAUCGCUGCCAGACCACCUUCGGCCCCGACAAAGUCUGUGUCAACUGCCAACACGUCCGCUGCAAGAGCUGCCCCCAGCAUCCCCCUGCAAAGUCUUGCGACCACCGGGACAACACGAAAGCUGCGCUUCAGGCCAUUGUCGCCCAGGGAGUGCACAAAACGGUCCCUGUACCGCCCAAAGCAAAGGCACCUCUGACCAUGCCUUCGCGCACCGGCGGCCAGGAUGUCGUCCAUCAUCCACGCCGACAAAGAGUUCGACGUACAUGCCAUCGAUGUAGUACUGUGUUCGGUCCGGAUGCUACGGAAUGCACUACUUGUCAGCAUAUUCGGUGCACGAUCUGCCCUCGCGAACCGUUUGUCAUCCCAGCCCAUUGUGUUCUCCCUGGCGAUGUAACUAAUGAUCCCAGAUCCAAACUUGACAAAUACCCGCAUGGCUAUCCUGGAGAUGUUGUGGCUCCCGCAGAACCUCCCGCACGGACGUGGAAGAAGCCCCGGCAGCGCAUACGGUAUACAUGCCACAAGUGUUCGACUUUGUACCGAUCGGGCGAGAGGGAGUGCUCUAAUUGUGGGCAAGAAAAGGGACCCGAAACAAUACGAGACCCACCCCGCCGAGACAAGCCGAAACCGGAUCCUGAACUUGUUCGACGGGUUGAAGAGCGAUUGGCAAAAGUAAGGAUCACUGGGUAGAUAGUUGGCUGGGUUACAAUGAAUCUACAACGAUGUGCAGCGAAGUGGACUCAGGACUGGGACUGAGUGCCAACGUUGCGUCUGUUCACCUAUGUGCUUGCAUCCACUGCCGUCCAGUGCCACAAGACUGACAUGCAACGGUAGUUGGCAUCGUUCUAACCAUGAUGUUACUCUGUGACACCUGAUUCCGGCUGAUACU